AGUACAGUAAGCAACGCGCAGCCCAAACCCACCAGCUCGCUCUGAUCCACCGACCACCGAUCACCGACCAAAUGGCUCAGCGCCGGAGCGGCCGCUCGUCCACGCUCUGCCUGGCCCUCACCGUGAUGGCCGCGAUGUGCGCAGCGUCCUCCGCGCAGCAGCCGCCGGUGCCGCCGGCCGUGCCCGUGCCCGUGCCGACCGUACCGAUGCCACCAGCCAUGCCAGUGCCGGGCGUGCCGAUGCCACCACCCAUGCCAGUGCCAAGCGUGCCGGUGCCACCGGCCGUGCCAGUGCCGAGCGUGCCUGUGCCGCCGGCCGUGCCUGUGCCGAGCGGACCGAGCUGCCCGCCGGUACAGGCCUCCCUGUCGCCGUGCGUGAGCUACUUCAUCGGCAACUCCUCGUCACCGUCCGACGCGUGCUGCACCCAGAUGCAGGCCAUGUUCCAGUCGCAGGCGCCCUGCCUCUGCGCCGCCGUGGCCGCGGUGCCCUCCCAGCUCGGCUCCGUCAUUGGCCAGAUCCUGCCCACCGCGUGCAACCUGCCGCCCAACGCAUGCUCCGCCGUGACAGGGACGUCGGGCUCUGCUCCGGCUGGUGGCUCAACGGCGCCAUCGUCGGGGACUCCUACCGAUGCAGCUGCUGCGCCGGUGGCCGACACGAACCCGGCAACGCCUUCCGGUGGUGGGGUGAAGAAGAAUCCGGAAAUGGUUGGUUCGGCUGCCGUGGCGGCUGAUCGCAACGGGAUCUCUGCUGCCGUCGUCAUGGCCAUGGCUGCCUCGUUCCUGGCCGCUCACGUCCUCUGAUCUCAUUCCGUAGUUCCGGGGCUUGUUCUGAAUUCGUGAGACGUGUCGUUUGUUGUCAUCGAGUUUGUAUUUCUGUUCCACACCAUGUAGUCUGUUGGAAAUAUUAAUAUAGCAUCGACCAGUAUCAAUAUAGUUCCCAAACUGUUUCGCAAAAAAAAAAAUUAUAGUUCCGAAACUACUUUUUGGGAGAUGGAAAGAAAAACUCCUUUUUGGGAGGCACCUUGGCUUGA